AAAGAGAUGACUUCAUGGAGAUUCUGAACACUCUUGCAAGAUGAAAUUCCAGGUUAUUCAUCUCUCUUCCACUCUUCAAACCACAAUCCUUUUCUUGCUGGUGCUGCUCGUUCAGCCUCCCAGAGGUCUAAUGCUGCCACACCAUCCCAUGGUUUAUCUGCCUAUGCUGGACAACCCUGAAUGGGAGGCUGCAUUGCUCCAGCUUCAGGCUUCACUGGGAGCUGCAGGCGGGAAAGCAGUGGUGGAGAUCCAGCCCUGGGCUUUGAUUCAGGAGCCGGGACCCGAGGAGCUUCUGGAAAGAGUGAAGGCAGAACUGGGAUGGGGACAGAGGGGCAUUGUGAAGGGCCAAAAGAGAGAAGAACUGGGAUGGAAACCAAUGGGAACAUUCCCAGACAACCUUAUAGUGGAUGUGCCGUAUCCUCAAGGGGGAGAGGUUGAAGAAGAGGGUGGAGAGAAGCAGAACGAGGCACUUACUUCCAUUGCAGGAGGUUUACAAGCCUUCAACAGACAGAAAGGAGGAUUUGGCUUUCGAUUUGGCAAAAAGUGAAGGGGAAGGAGUGUGUAUGUACAUUAUGUAUGUUGGGGUUUAUGUAGAUAUACUUUGGGGACAAAUUCGUCCCUAAAAGUGAGCUAAGUCUGAUGAAACCAUCCCUUGGGAGGGCUUGGGGGGAGGGGGGUGAUGACAUAAAUAAUGUUUAUUUAAUGGAAAAAAUAAAGAUUAUAUGACAUUUAUUAAAAAUU